AUCUUCUCAUUGGCCUUGAAGCUGGCGCCAGACAAUCACAUCCUGUACAGCAACCGCUCAGCAGCUCACCUGGCGCUGAAACAUCACGAGAAGGCCUUGGGAGACGCUGAGUCAGCUCUGAAGCUGAAGCCGGAUUGGUCAAAGGGGUAUCUUCGCAAAGGC